ACUCCUCUCUCUCACGCAUAAUCUAAGCCCCCAUCAGCUUAGACAUAAACUCGUUUUACGCACCCGCGGAAAUGGAGGGAACCUCGGGAACAUCGGGUCCAGCUACUGGCGGAGCUUGUACUGGCGGAGCUCCCACUGGCGGAGCUCCUACAGGCGAAGCUCCUACCCGCGGAGCUCCUACUCGCGGAGCUCCUGUCAGCGGAGGCGGAGCCCCUGUGGGCGGAGGCGGAGCUACGUUUCUCCCGCGCCUGACCACUACCUCGGCCCACGGCGAAGGCACCUCCGCUGAGCCGGCGGGGACUGGAACUCCUCAGCAGCAGAACCCCGUCACGACGACUACUGGUACUACUUCAUUCACCCCUGCUACUCCUACCAGGGCCACGGGAGGCCCCAACUCGAACGCGGGAGGCCCCAACUCGAACGCGGGAGGCCCCCACUCGAACGCGGGAGCCCCCAACGCGAACGCGGGAGCCCCCAUCGCGAACGCAGGAGGCCCUAACGCGAACGCAGGAGGCCCCAACGCGAAUGCGGGAGCCCCCAACGUGAACGCGGGAGCCCCCAACGCGAACGUUGACGCGGACGCGGAUCACGAAUACGAAUCGUGUUUGGAGCAGCGCGAGCAGCUGCAGUGCGCGGCUGAGGCCGCGUCGUCAUGGGCGACCAUGUCGUCUCUCGCCGCCACCUACGCGUCCUGCACGGCGUUCGUCGCCGUGGUCGCCGCGCUCGGCGCAACUGCCGCCCUCACGCUGUCCAGCGCGGAAGCCGCGGAGACUCCGCGCAAGGAGACGUUCAGCGCGCUUGCGUGCGCCAUCUCUGCCACGACCAGUACGAUGAUCGUGGCGGCGGCGGCGUCCGCGACGUCGACCGUCGCGAGCACGGGCGCGCACGCGUCGAGUGGUCUGACGGAACGACUGGUUUCGAUGGCCAAGGCGCAGCAGCGACGUGUGGACGCGGCGGCGAGGAGGAGGGAGCGAGAAGAGAGGAGGGCGCGUGACGAAAGGAGGCCACGCGAAGAGUAAACGAGUUCUGUCGAAGCACCGUUAGAUGGACUAACUGAGUCUGUCCCGUCCUGCACGCGAAUGAUAUGCUCUCCUGUCCUGGCAGGUUCCGUUAACGAAGGAAGGGGUCACAUGUAAGAUUAGUAUAGCUCAACACCUCGUAUUCGCUCGUGGGAAAGAAUGUAGUUAACAGAUCCGUAACCGCCAUGAAGUUGUGGUUGAAGCAUUUGACUGUGUAGCUCGACUAAAGCUGUGCCUUGGUAGUUGUUUCUUGCUAGCUGUUCCUCUGUGGCUGUUUCUCGGUAGCUGAAUUUGUGCUAGCUAGUUUCUCAGUGCUUGCUUUGUAAUUAACACGUAUAAAAACCAUUCCAUAUU